CGCUGUUCGACGCUGCGCUGUUGGGCACUGCGCUGCUCGACGCUGCGCUGUUCGACAUUGCGCUGUUCGACGCUGCGCUCUUCGACGCUGCGCUGUUCGACGCUGCGCUGUUCGACACUGCGCUGUUCGACACUGCGCUCUUCGACACUGCGCUGUUCGACACUGCGCUGUUCGACACUGCGCUGUUCGACGCU